AUGCUUGAAGCUCUGCCUACAGUAGCUACGGUUAUUCCCAAUGAGUCACAUAACGAAGAGCCCUGGAAAAAGCUUUUGCGGACAGCUACUGAAAAGAUCAUAUUACCAGAAGCUCUUGACUGGAUGGAUGAUGAUGUCAAUCUGAGCGAUCGGCGGUAUAUGCAGCGAGCCAUCGACGAUAUUGUAGGACAAUAUUCAAGGCCUCUUGAACAGUCUGUUACAUCAUACCGGUUGUCUGUCAUUGAUCAACUGCAGGAGUUCUGUGCUCUCCUGCGCCCUGAUGCUCAGCUGUCAACUGUCCUGCUUUGUGUGGCUUUGACGCAGUCGACUCUUGAUGGAAAGCCGGAGGAGAUCACAACGGAGGUACGGAAGCGAGCCUUCAAAGUUAUUACUGAUCUAGUCAAAUUCCAUUCCUUCGGCGAUGUUGAAGAGCUUACGGUGGCCCGACAAAUGAUCUUUUCUGGUAUGACGGAUACUGAUAGAGGAGUCAGGCUGGUUGCUGGCCGAGCAUUGCAGAAUUUUGUUCUCUCCAUUUCCCGUAUGAAACGGGGCGCCUCCGGGGCUCAAGCAACGCUAUUUUCUCAACUAAAUGAUUUAACGGAUGGCGCGAAGCUCCCUACCAAGGAUACAAUCAUAAUUAGUGUCGGUACUAUAGGAAGGACAAAAGACAAGGAAGUUCUCGGCCAUGUUCUCUUUUUCUUGCUUUCACAAUUGGGAAGGUCGAACCCAAUACUCAGAGCAGAGGCGUCUACUCAUAUCAUCUCUCUGACUAAGUAUCACAAGAAAGCAACUCCCUAUCCUCUGUUUAUUCCCUAUAUGGAUCGUAUUGCGCCGUAUCUCGUUCUCCGUAUUUGCACGCAGCCCAAUCUUUUGACGGAAGCUUGUCGACUGGUGAUGGUUUCACCCCGGCAUAUGAUACAACUUACAUUGCGCUAUACGCUUCCCGUCAUAUUCGCAAAAUGUGAUCAAAAACUAUUAGAGGAUGUCGCAAAGCAAUUGGAAUCGAAACCAGCCACCCUUUUGAUCAAUGAGUGUCAUAGGGUUCUCGCACAUAUCUAUCUUCUGGACCAACCAGAUCAAACCAGCAAGGCCCUUACAUUCGUGACGGACGUUCUGACAGCAGCGGCGCAAGCAGAUACGAUUGAUAUCCAAAGCUUGGUGAAAGGAUUCAUCGUCCCCGUUCUUGCUGACUUGGUCAUUGUUUUGGGCGACGAGAAUCCGGACGUCGCAGCGAAGGCUGUUCCCGCUCUUAAGAGGGUGUCAGAGUCAUUGAUUCCUCCGAAUGUCGCGGGGCGAUCGCAGACGAUACUAGAUAUCGGAGUCUUUCUUAAGCAGUACAUGUUGGGCUUGAUUACGCAUAUCAACGAGAUGCUGCAAGAGGUACACGGCAAGAUUUCGAUGUCUACCAAACAGAAGAUCCUCCGGAGUCUCGGUGCUGUAGUUUCUUUGAUCGGUUCUCCCAUAAGUACAGUUGCACCUCAGAUAAUGGCUACUUUCCAGACCAUGGUGAAUGUCGCUGAGUUGUCUGAAGUGACUCUCACUAGCUGGCGAAAAUUCCUGGUGACGUUAGACCCUAAGGAUAUCGGUCCUUAUGUCGGGACAACAAGCGCGACUAUUACCACAUCUUGGCCCACCCUCACCUCCGCAGGUCGACAUAUUGCCAUCAGUUCGUUGGAGUACAUGAUCAACGACAUAGGCGAUCAACUUGGCCAAUAUCUUGAUGACAUCGUGGAUCUGUCUGCUAUUUCUAAGUUGAAGCCCCUUCAAGAUCGGCUGACUGUGAUACGAGGUGCCUGGUCUCCGAAGGAGCAUCUUUGUAAAAUUCUGGCCCGCGCGUUGCCUGAUAAUCAAACAAUGGCUGUUCAGACCCUUGUCGAACUGAAGGCGUUCAUGACUUCGGAGAACCAAGCUCUUAUUCGGGAACUUGCAUCGGGAGAUACAUUUGAUCCUAUGGUCGGCCAGAUUCUUACAAUCCUGCUUUCCGCCGCUUGUCGCGAUGGAGAUGGCGCUGAGGCGAUACGUUCCCUCGCGUUUGAAUGCAUCGGUAUUUUGGGAGCUGUAGAUCCUGACAGAUGUGAAAUCGCUGUCAGUGACACCAGAAUGAUCGUCCUCAGCAAUUAUACAGACAUCGACGAAUCUGUUAUGUUUGCUCUACAUCUGAUCACUGAUCUCCUUGUUGGCGCAUUCCGUUCCACCAGUGAUAUCAAAUACCAGGGACAUCUAGCCUAUAGUAUUCAGGAACUUUUGCGGUUCUGUAGGUUUACUCCGUCCCUGGUCUCCGUGGGUAAUCAAUCUGUGCCAAUGAAGGUUCGAACGAAGUGGAACAAUCUGCCUAAGCACGUUCUCGAAACCGUUACCCCACUCUUAGAGGCUCGUUUUACCCUGCAAGAAGUCCCAACUCCGGAACUUCGGCACCCUAUUUAUAACGAUCAACCAACGUAUCGCGAAUGGAUUCAGCUCUGGACUACGUACCUUAUCACUCGAGCUUCGGGACCCGUUGCGAAAACCAUAUUUGGCGUUUUCAGACCGGCAGUGCGUAACAAGGACGUCGUUGUUGCCCACCAUCUUCUUCCGCAUUUGGUUCUCAAUGUCCUGGUUUCAAGCGAUGAGGUUGGGUGUCAGAAUAUACGUGCAGAGUUGAUUGCUGUUUUACAAGACCAGAUUGACCCGCAGAGUACUUCCUCAGCUGAUAAGAGGCUGCUCAGUGCACAAGCUGUUUUUGUGCUCCUAGAUCAUCUCAAUAAAUGGGUUCGAAGGAUCCGACACGAUAUGGGAACCAAGAAAGGAGAGACGAAGCGGUCCCGCGGAGUUACCGUUGGAACAGAUGAACAACUUUCACAAGUCGACUCCAUCUUGACUAGCAUUGACCAGAGUCUAAUGGCAAGGGCAGCCUUUCAAUGCAGAGCAUAUGCACGCUCGUUGAUGAAUUUCGAACGUCAAAUCGUUACUCUCCGGGAACGUUCUUUGAAUCACCAUGACUUGCCGGUCUAUUACGAAAGGCUUCACGAAAUCUAUGCAAACCUAGAUGAGCCGGAUGGCAUGGAGGGCGUGUCUACAUUGAUAUUAUCGCCGUCCUUGGAACAUCAAAUUCGACAGCACGAGAGUACGGGCAGAUGGACAGCCGCCCAGAGUUGCUGGGAACUUCGUCUUCAACAGUCUCCGGAUAAUGUCGACUUUCAUCUCGGUCUAUUGCGUUGCCUGCGUAAUCUAGGGCAUUACGAUACACUGCGUACUCAUGUCCUGGGAGUUCUUACUCGUAACCCAGGCUGGGCCUCUGCUCUUGCCGGAUUCCAAGUCGAAAGCGCAUGGAUGGUUGGUGAUUGGGCUGAUGUUCAAAACGUCGUAAAUCAGAGUACACAGCAAAAUCCCGAGCUCGUGCUAGCGAGAGUUCUACUUGCAAUCAGAAGUAAGGACAACGAUGCCAUAAACCAAACUUUAUCGGCGGCUCGUUCCGUCCUGGGAGCUCCAAUUGCAGCCGGGGGGGCCAAGGGAUAUAAGCGAUCAUACGAGAAUGUCCUCAGUCUGCAUUUACUAUACGAGCUUGGAUCAGUGCACAGUAUAAUGGGACAAGUGGCUACAGGGUCCCUACGCCGAUCACAAACAAAGAAUGCACUGGCCGAACUAUCUGAUUUGCUCUCGGCUAGACUAGAAUCGACACUUCCGACGUUUCGCAACCGCGAGCCUAUCCUCAGCAUGCGGAGGACUGCCUUUCGUUUGUUUCCGGAGUCCAAUGAAGCAACACGGGAAAUUCACCGAACGUGGCUGGCGAGUGCGAAGUUCGCCAGGAAAGCAUGCCAAUGGCAGAUUGCUUUCAGCGCUAUGCUUCAGGCAAAGCAGGGGAAGACCAAAGAUUACUUCAUGCAAAGCGCCAAGCUGACGAAGGCUAACGGAGAACCAUUAGCAGCACUGCAUGAGCUAGAAAGUUCUAUGAAGUUGCUACGCUUGAUGGAAGACGAUUCACAAGUUCUGGACUUGACCGUGGACAACAAUGAAGAGACCAACAUUAUCAAGGCGAAGGCCCGUGUUUUACGAGCUCGCUGGAUGAACGAGUCGGAACGUUAUGAAGCAGCUGCUAUUCUUAGUAUGUUCAGGGGGGCCGCGAAAAUAUCUUCAACAUGGGAGAAUGCGCAUUUCUAUCUAGGACAGUUCCAAGAUGACAGUUACAAAAACCUGACACGGGAAGAUCAGAGGAAUCGGGGAUUGAAAAUGAAUGUUAACACCGUCCGCUCUUAUGCAUCGGCCAUGAAAUACGGCUCCAAAUAUGUCUAUCAGACUGUUCCUCGUCUGCUGACGCUUUGGCUGGAUUUAGGUGAUGAUAGUGGCUUAAGGAAGACGGAAUACUUCAAAACGAUCAGUGAUACUGUCAAGGUUGCUAUCGAGCAAACACCGGUGUACCAGUGGUACACUGCCUUCCCUCAAAUCGUUUCCAGGAUCGGUCAUACAAAUGAGAGUGUUUUAAAACUACUAUCGAACCUCAUAUCAAAAGUAUUGGAAGAAUACCCUCAACAAGCACUCUGGCAGUUCAUCUCGGUAACGAAAUCCAAGAAGACCGAGAGGGAGCAGAGAGGCAAACAGAUCGCAGAUAAAAUUCGGAAUAAACCUGGCACUCAUCGUCGCGUCUGUGACCUGAUCAACCAAUGUGUCGCCAUGACGGACGAACUUCUUGCGCUAUGUGAAUACCCCAUCGACGACAAUUCGCGAAAAUCUUUGAGCAUGAGCCGAACGUUUCCGAGCCUAGUUAGACUUGGACGUUCGGACUUGAUCAUACCUUUGCAAGAGUCUUUGACAGCCAACAUCCCCCCCGUGUCGACCACUAAUUCCAGCUUUAAUCCUUUCCCAAUAGAUGUGCCUACGUUCGCAGAAUUCUUUGACGACAUCGAAGUGAUGAGCUCUUUGGCCAAACCGCGGAAAAUAACCAUCCGUGGUAGCAACGGUCAAAUCUAUAUGUUUCUUGGAAAGCCGAAAGAUGACCUGCGAAAGGAUGCCCGACUUAUGGACUUCAACGCUAUCAUCAACAAGCUCCUCAAGGCUAACUCGGAAUCUCGACGAAGGCAGCUUCAUAUCCGGACGUACGGGGUUGUGACGUUAAAUGAAGAGUGCGGGUUCAUUCAAUGGGUACCUAAUACGAUUCCCAUGAGGCCGAUUCUUGUCAAGGCGUACGAAGCGAGACGGCUCAGGAGUUGGCCCUCAGACAUCAACGAAAUUGCUGCCAAAAUCAAGGCCGCCACAGACAAAGAGGCUGUAGAGCUGUUUAAUGCGAAGAUUUUGCGGCACUAUCCACCUGUCUUUCAUGAGUGGUUUAUUGAAACUUUUCCUGAACCCUCGGCGUGGCUUACGAGUCGUCUCACAUAUGGGCGCACCGCAGCUGUGAUGUCGAUGGUUGGCUUUAUUUUAGGAUUGGGCGAUCGGCAUUUAGAGAACAUCUUGAUGGAUAUCAACACAGGAGAUGUCGUGCACGUUGACUUCAACUGCCUCUUCGAGAAGGGAAAAAAGCUCGAAACACCAGAAAGGGUACCAUUCAGACUUACACAGAAUAUGCUGGACGGUCUCGGUGUCACGGGAGUGGAAGGCGUUUUCCGUGCGGCGUGCGAUGUAACGCUUGGAUUACUACGAGACAACAGGGAUUCGCUGAUGACUGUGCUUGACGCUUUCAUCCAUGAUCCUCUCGUUGAGUGGGAAGACGAGAAACGAAAGAGGGUAAAAAGGAUUAAAACCCGUAACCAAGUAAAGGGACAGGUCAACCUUCGUGAUUUGGCCCAAGGUGCACUCGGCCUCAUCGAGAGGAAGCUUCGAGGGGUAUACUCGACAAGUAAAGAGAAACCGGCGCAUCAGAAAGAGAUCUCGACGAGUAGUCUUGUUCAGAUGAUUAUACAGGAAGCUACAGAUGAAGCCAAUCUAGCAAAAAUGUAUCAGGGUUGGUGCGCAUGGCAAUGA